AUGUUGUGUGGCCAAAAGGAUGCUACUGUAAAGCAGCAGGUAUUAGAGGCGGUUUUUGAAGGGGAAAACAACAUACCAGAUGAGAAAAUACCAGAGGCGAAAAUAUCAGAUGAGAAUGAACGUAGUGCUGCAAGUGGUGCAAGUUGUAAUAGUAGUAGUAUUGGAAAGGUUCACAACUGGACACAGUCGGAAGAAGUUCUGUUGAUUACUUUGAGAAGUGAUAUAGAGUCGAAAUUUGUUGGUGCCAAGGCUCAUGAAACACUAUGGAAUGAAAUUCAAAAGAAAAUGGAAAAACAAGGGGUAAAAAUUUCUGUUGCUCAAAUAAUAAACAAAUGGAAAAAUAUGAAAAAACGUUACAAGGAGGUUAUUGACGCAAACAAUAAAACUGGAAACAAUGCUGUUAGUUGGAAGCACUAUGACAAGUUUAAUGAAUUGUAUGGGAACAAAGCUUCCACAAAACUGCAAGCAUCUUAUGAUUCAGGUCUUCAAGGGGCAUCAGCUCAAUUACAUGCUAAACCUAACGAGGGAGAAAACAAUAUUGCUAAACCAUCCUGUUCUGGAAAAAAUUCUGUUGGAAAGUCUGCCAAAAAAAGAAAACGGGGUGAUCUGUAUGACAUUAUUGAAAAAAUUAAUGAUAAUGCACAGGAUUCAUUAAUUGAAAUAAAGAAUCAUAAUGAGAAACAGCUUCAAAAACUUGAUAGAUUUCUGGAUCUCUAUGAAAAGUCAAUUUCUGGUAAAGGUAAAAAUGAUGAGACUGAUUAGGGCAGAAAUAAAUUGAAUUAUUUUGACAUUGAGGGUUCUCAUUUUAUUUUUCCUGUCGAAAGCAAAGGAGCUGUGAUUUUAAAUUGUUUCUUCUAUCAUAGCUAAGCUAUAUAUGUUUUAGUGAGAUUAUUUUUGGUUAAAAAUAUAGAUUUAUGGAUUAAAUCGAAAAUUAUAUAUUUGCUUUUUGAAAUGUUUUUCCUGUUUUUUUUUGUAUUAUUCUUGAUAAAAAAUCAGGGUAUGUGUCGGAUAGAAUUUAUUUAGUUUUAUUUUAUGUUUUGCUCUUUGUCUCGCCUGUAACGAAAAAUCAUGAAGGCGACAUAACGACGAUAGAUAAUCAAAAAAUCUACUGUGAUGUUAAAGUUUUAUACUUUCAAAAAGUGUUUUCGUUAAACAUUGUUGGAUAUUCACAAAACUUUUCCUAUAUUAAGAAUGGUGUCCAAAUUCAAAUUUAAAAAAAAAUAAAAUCACAAUUUUCUGAAAUUUAGCAGAUAACUGGACAACGUGCUUUUUUGCUACAAAAUUCUUUGUUAACCCUUAAAUUAAAGUUUUAUAAACUGCCAUAAAAUUGUCAAAGUAAUGCUGGCAUCUUUUUAAAAUUGGCACACAAUAUUAUUACCAGAAAGAUUGUCUCUGGAUAUUUCUUUUAAUAUGUUUAUUUGGUACUUUUCAGAUAUCUGGACUUUUUUUUUGCGAUUAUUUUAAUGUUAACUAUGCUUAAGUUUUGUAAACUUUGAUAAAUUUGUUUAACCAAAUUCAGAUCCUCACAGAUAUAUAUGGGCUGGGUUAAUUUUUGAUUUGCAGGUGAGAUGAGGUUGUGCAGAAAUUGUUGAUAAAAUCAGGAUAUUUAAGUUUUGUUAUAAUUUUUACUUUUGUUUUAGAUAUGUUUAUGUACUGUUAAAAUGUGUUUUUUUUCCAUUUUGUUGAUUAAACAUUUCCAUGA